GCCGCCCCGGUAACCCGGAUGCGGCUGCUCCGCAAGAUGGCCGCGGGGCGGUUAGGCUGGUCGCCGUAGCGCCGUGGAGCGGUGCCGGGCCUCGCCAUGGCGGACCUGGGCCGGCAGCUGCAGGAGUACCUGGCGCAGUCAAAGGCCACGGCCAACGCGGGCCCUGCGCCGCCUCCCGCCGGCUGCUCGCAGGAGGAGGCAGUGGGGAGUGGCGGCCUGGGGGCCUGGCUGGGCCAGGUGAACCCCUUCUCGCCGGGCCGCGGCGCCCCACCUGCGGCGGCCGGGCCGGGCUCGGGCUGGCCAUGGGCCGCCGAGGCGGACCCCUGCCUGCCGGGGCUGUCGCGCUGGCAGCGGCUGGCGGGGAGCGGGCUGUGCCUGCUGCUGGCCGCGCUCUGCUUCGGGCUGGCCGCGCUGUACGUGCCGCUGCUGCUUCUCCGCGCCCGCAAGUUCGCGCUGCUCUGGUCGCUCGGCUCGCUCUGCGCCCUGGGCGCCGCCGCCCUCCUGCGCGGGCCCGCCCGCCUGCUGCGGGAGCCUAGCCGCGGCUCCCUGCUCUACCUGGGCGCCCUCGGCGGCACCCUCUACGCGGCGCUGGCGCUGCGCAGCACCCUCCUGACGGCGCUGGGCGCCGCGGCCCAGCUGGGCGCCGCCGCCGCCGCGCUCCUGGCCGCGCUGCCCGGGGGCGCCGCCG